GAGAGGGAGAGAUAGAUAGAUAGAGAGAGAGAGAGAGAGAGAGAGAGAGAGAGGAAUCUCUCCGCUGCAUUCCGCGGUGUCGCGCGAAAAAUAAGCGCGGCUGCGCGCGGUCGCACGCGAAUCAAAGAUGCAAGGUGAGGGCGUCUUCGAGAGGAAAGAGAAAAGUCACUAAUUGAGACGAGACACGUGAAAGCCCGGGUAGACGUUCGCAUACCUACAACGCGAUCCCGAGUUCCUUCGGGAUGACUUGGCGCGAGGGCAACAUUACCGUGACCUUAUCGGUUCACCGAUUUGUCCUAAGUUGCGUCGGCAUCUGGCCGACUAAGGAAAAGAGUCUCUUUAUGGAUCUGAGGUGGCUCGUCGCCAUGAUUUUGGAGGCAGGUAUUUCGCGCGCGGCUGAGCGAAUCUCACGUCUCUACACUGGCUAAACAAAUGUCUCUCUCUCUCGUAAUCGUUACGAAACGUAAAUGUCUUUCUUCUCAUAAAUUUCAAUAAAUUAUUGAGACAUAUCAGUCAACGCGGCAUUUAAAUUUCGUUCUUUUAGCAAAGUUACGUUGCGUCAGAAGAACAAGUAUAAACAAUAGGUCUGACUUAUAUUUGUGCGUGUGUGUCUACGCGAGUGCCUUUAUGUUUCAAGAAAUCAUGAGAGAUUUGCAUCACUCUAUGAUCACGCAAGACCGAGGACUGUCCUUGUCCGCUGGGAGAGCCGAGUAAUCUAUAGAGCUGACGAAGAAAAAAAAAUUCCAACUCUACUAUACAAAUUCUAAAUUCUACAAAUUAAUAAUAAUAAAUAUCUACAAGUUACAAGUUCUAAAAAUCCCUGACGAGCGAAGCUCGUACCUUCUUGUAAUUUCGCGCGCAUCCCCCAUCGCGAAAUUGAAAGAAUUAUUAAUCUUAUAAAUAUACCAUCCCCAAAACCGGCGGACAAGGUCAAUCCACGCGGAGGAAAAAGUUCGAUUGAUCGAAUUAACGCGAAUAACGACAUGACACCGAUUGAAGGAAUUUCUGCUCCUCCGACCCCGAAUUUGCUUCCGAAGAAGCAGAAAUUCUCUCGGAAGCGGGAGAUCUCGCUUUCCCGCUGCGAGAUAAGUCGAAUUGAUAUCGAACAAAUCUCAGCUGUCAUCAGGGCGGCGUUGCUGACCGUGAUCUUCCAGGUGACUCCGAUGUGCGUCUACUUCACGGAGAUCUACCUGCACUGCAACGGCGCGAAGGAGUCCUUCGACAAGGUGACGCCAGGCGCCGCAGCCGCAUUGGCCCUCACGAGGCUCAUCACGCCUCGUAUCCAUCGGCGAGAGUUGCUCGAGAUAGUCACGUCCAUGAUGAACGACUGGGCCACGCAGCGGGACCAGCGGGUACGCUGGAUCAUGAAGAAGUACGCGACGCUGUCGAGACGCGUGACGACGUUCACCUUCUUCCUGGUAGGCGUCAUAGUGGGUGUCUACAUCUUCAUGGCGAUAUCAGCGGUCACCGCGCAGGCGAGCCAGCUCGACCAUCAGCUGGAGAACGUGAACGUGAGCCGGGAGACGGACGAGGUGCUGUCCUGCGUGUUUCGAGGCGAGUCGAUGAGCCAGGCGUUUAUGGUCGUCCAGGCGAUGCAGAUGUUCGUCACCGGCAUCUUGACCUUCGGCACCACAAGCUUCUUCUUCGGCCUGGCCAUGCACCUGUGCGGCCAGUUUGACGCGCUCGCCAUCAAACUGUCCGAUUUUCGCGUCGAACAGGCGCACCACGCGAUCGCCGAAGCGGUCGAACGGCAUUGCCACCUCAUUCGCAUGACCGACCGCAUGGAGGAGUCCUUUAACGCGAAUGUUUUGAUAUACCUGUUCGUUACCACCACUCUCAUGUGUAUAGACGGUAAAUGAAAAAGAAUUCUCUCUUUUGUAUCGGGU